AGGAAUGUCCCGCGCCUUCUCCAAAAUGACCAACGAUAGAAGAGAAGACAUUGCAAUGGUCCUGCUGACAUACCUGAGGAGAUCUUUACAAUUUAUCAAUGGACCAGCUUGCAGCCAGGAUAUCCACAACAGCGCUGACUGGCUUGAAAUCAACCUGGGUCUGUACUCUGAAUACGUAACCUACUCGGAUCUCAAAACCUUCAACAUCUCGGGGGUGGCAGUUCUAGAUAUCCUCUCACCAAACCAGAAAGCUGAAUUGAUACUAGACCCAAGCAGUGGCGCUCUGGAGAAUGAGACACUUGUGAGGGAAGUUUUCGUCACCUUGCUGGAUUCCGAAGAACAGCUCGAGGAGUUCUAUGUGACUUUUGUUGAAGUCACCACGCAGGAAAACAUCACCAUCAUCACAAACACAGCCGUAAGAGACACAAUGCUAAAUCUGACCUUGACGGCACUUGCUCCCAAAUUCUACGACUUCGAGCCAACAGAUUUCCAGCUGUGGUUCCAAGUGAAUCUGGAUGUUCUGCUGGCCAGCAUCCUUCCUGCCAGUUUGGUUGUUAUCCCCCAAAACAUCUCCUGUGAAUCCUACAGUGCCAUAUACAUUGGUCUUGACCAAAGUUUGGCAUCUCUUCCAUCGAACCUCUCACAGGGUGUGCAGUCAAGCUUGAAUGCACUGACGGCGACAUUCCAACGUUGCCCAAGGCCGGCAGUUCAUAUUGUGUGCCAAGAAACACUGGUCAAUGAGGUACAACUUUGUGCUGGAAUCAGCAGUUCACAAGACCUGUCUUCUGGCAAUUCCUCGGAAUCCCUUUGCAAAUUCACCAUCCCUCAAUAUGCCUGUUCCGCAACGACCCAUCUCUCAGCCGACAACUUGGCGACGCUGCUGAAAUGCCAACUGGCAAGCAAUGAGACCUACUCCACAGCAAUCUGGAAGCUGUUCUUCCAAAACAAUGCUGCAGUUCUGGGACAGGCUCUAUUGGAAUACUCUAGCAUGAACGCCAGUAUCAGCAGUCCAGCUAUGCCACAAGUCCUUGAUGCCAUCGGUGAGGUCAUAAUCAACAACUUCACCAAUGCGCAACUGAACAACGCUGGUUUAAUUGCUGAGUUGUUCCAGACGAUGCUCCGACCGUUCUUGGCAUCUCCAUCCAGCAAUUUCCUCUCCUGUCUCAGCUCCAAGAACUUCAGUUGUCAGACCUAUCAAAUUGUCGUUGCUGCUAUAAGCAGCCAAUCAGCCUCCAUCAACACAGUGCAGCAACAAGUGAUCUUCACUCGUUUCAUCUAUCCAUUCCUUUCGAGAAAUGACUCAUCAGAUCCCGGCUGUGUCUUAAGCACCAGUGGAAGCACGGACUGGCUCCAGAAAAACUUUGGCGUCUUUGGCGUUUUCGCAGACCUGUCAGAGUUAAUAGUCCUCAAUCCUGACUUCUCCAGUAAAGACUCUCUGUCACUGCUGACCCCAACCCAAGUGGCACAAUGGAUAUUGACCUCUGGGGUGUUGAAUGACACCAAUGACAUCACCCUUGUGUUUGAGAGGCUCCAGGAAGGAGACGCUUUCCAGAACAUUGACACGUUCCUAACGCAACUGACCGCCAGUGAAAUGGUUGUGGACAUCCUCCCAGUCGUGAGAGAUGAGAUGAUGAAUCAGACCUUUUACAUCAUCAGCCCUCAUUUCCCCCAGUUUGAGCAAGUGGACUGGAUUGCAUGGUUCGAAGUAAAGCUGAUUCCUAUCCUCCCCAGUUUUACUGAAGUCAUGCUCACUAAUGCUACGUCGUACGUCAACUGCACCAACUACCAAGUGAUUGUGAAAGGAAUGUCCCGCGCCUUCUCCAAAAUGACCAACGAUAGAAGAGAAGACAUUGCAAUGGUCCUGCUGACAUACCUGAGGAGAUCUUUACAAUUUAUCAAUGGACCAGCUUGCAGCCAGGAUAUCCACAACAGCGCUGACUGGCUUGAAAUCAACCUGGGUCUGUACUCUGAAUACGUAACCUACUCGGAUCUCAAAACCUUCAACAUCUCGGGGGUGGCAGUUCUAGAUAUCCUCUCACCAAACCAGAAAGCUGAAUUGAUACUAGACCCAAGCAGUGGCGCUCUGGAGAAUGAGACACUUGUGAGGGAAGUUUUCGUCACCUUGCUGGAUUCCGAAGAACAGCUCGAGGAGUUCUAUGUGACUUUUGUUGAAGUCACCACGCAGGAAAACAUCACCAUCAUCACAAACACAGCCGUAAGAGACACAAUGCUAAAUCUGACCUUGACGGCACUUGCUCCCAAAUUCUACGACUUCGAGCCAACAGAUUUCCAGCUGUGGUUCCAAGUGAAUCUGGAUGUUCUGCUGGCCAGCAUCCUUCCUGCCAGUUUGGUUGUUAUCCCCCAAAACAUCUCCUGUGAAUCCUACAGUGCCAUAUACAUUGGUCUUGACCAAAGUUUGGCAUCUCUUCCAUCGAACCUCUCACAGGGUGUGCAGUCAAGCUUGAAUGCACUGACGGCGACAUUCCAACGUUGCCCAAGGCCGGCAGUUCAUAUUGUGUGCCAAGAAACACUGGUCAAUGAGGUACAACUUUGUGCUGGAAUCAGCAGUUCACAAGACCUGUCUUCUGGCAAUUCCUCGGAAUCCCUUUGCAAAUUCACCAUCCCUCAAUAUGCCUGUUCCGCAACGACCCAUCUGUCAGCCGACAACUUGGCGACGCUGCUGAAAUGCCAACUGGCAAGCAAUGAGACCUACUCCACAGCAAUCUGGAAGCUGUUCUUCCAAAACAAUGCUGCAGUUCUGGGACAGGCUCUAUUGGAAUACUCUAGCAUGAACGCCAGUAUCAGUAGUCCAGCUAUGCCACAAGUCCUUGAUGCCAUCGGUGAGGUCAUAAUCAACAACUUCACCAAUGCGCAACUGAACAACGCUGGUUUAAUUGCUGAGUUGUUCCAGACGAUGUUCCGACCGUUCUUGGCAUCUCCAUCCAGCAAUUUCCUCUCCUGUCUCAGCUCCAAGAACUUCAGUUGUCAGACCUAUCAAAUUGUCGUUGCUGCUAUAAGCAGCCAAUCAGCCUCCAUCAACACAGUGCAGCAACAAGUGAUCUUCACUCGUUUCAUCUAUCCAUUCCUUUCGAGAAAUGACUCAUCAGAUCCCGGCUGUGUCUUAAGCACCAGUGGAAGCACGGACUGGCUCCAGAAAAACUUUGGCGUCUUUGGCGUUUUCGCAGACCUGUCAGAGUUAAUAGUCCUCAAUCCUGACUUCUCCAGUAAAGACUCUCUGUCACUGCUGACCCCAACCCAAGUGGCACAAUGGAUAUUGACCUCUGGGGUGUUGAAUGACACCAAUGACAUCACCCUUGUGUUUGAGAGGCUCCAGGAAGGAGACGCUUUCCAGAACAUUGACACGUUCCUAACGCAACUGACCGCCAGUGAAAUGGUUGUGGACAUCCUCCCAGUCGUGAGAGAUGAGAUGAUGAAUCAGACCUUUUACAUCAUCAGCCCUCAUUUCCCCCAGUUUGAGCAAGUGGACUGGAUUGCAUGGUUCGAAGUAAAGCUGAUUCCUAUCCUCCCCAGUUUUACUGAAGUCAUGCUCACUAAUGCUACGUCGUACGUCAACUGCACCAACUACCAAGUGAUUGUGAAAGGAAUGUCCCGCGCCUUCUCCAAAAUGACCAACGAUAGAAGAGAAGACAUUGCAAUGGUCCUGCUGACAUACCUGAGGAGAUCUUUACAAUUUAUCAAUGGACCAGCUUGCAGCCAGGAUAUCCACAACAGCGCUGACUGGCUUGAAAUCAACCUGGGUCUGUACUCUGAAUACGUAACCUACUCGGAUCUCAAAACCUUCAACAUUUCACUGUUUGCAGUUCUAGACUACUUUUCACCAAACCAGAUUGCCGAAUUUAUACUGGACCCUAUAAACCUUGCGAAUGAAACUCUUGUAGAAGAGGUGUUCCUAUGGGUUCUACAGUCAUCCGACCUGGGGGAGAUCGGUCUUUUUUUCCAAUCAUUUGUGGAUGUUGCUGCAAUGGUAAACAUGACCAGUAUUCAGCCUGGACUGCGAGACAUUCUCUUAAACAUGACACUAACUGCACUGGCCCCGAAAUUCAACACUCUAGACACUCAGGGUUUUGAGCUCUGGUUCCAGGUCUAUCUACAAUUAUUACUUCCAGGCAUUCAACCAGGGACCUUCUCCAUCAUCCCAAGGAACAUCAGCUGUGACUCCUUCAGUGCAAUCAUCAAGGGGUGUGAUAACGUAGUCAGUCAACUGUCACCGACUCAGUCCCAGCAAGUCUACCUGUUCUUAAUGGAUUAUUUGACAGGUCAAUCCGUUGAAGAUCAGUCCAUUCUGACCCAACCUAACUGCUUUAGGACCCUACUGCAACUUGUUGCUAGUCGGCCUUCCUACUUCUGCAACUCACCCUAAAUAUAGGGUUGGGGUUAAACAAGCUUUUUGGGGCUGCUUGCAUUAAAUGUAACACUCUGUUGAUGGCGUUUAAUGCAGCAAUGGGCACUCCUGUUCAGUUAAUAAUAUUUAACAUCUAGAGGAUAAUUAAUAGAUGAUAGUGUGUGUGUGUUCACCACUAUUACAGUGUUGCUUCAUGCUUUGCUUACUUUUUAUGUAUUUGGAACAGAAAAAUCUGUGUUACAAAUUUAAACCACAGUCUUUGACGCAAUACAGUACAUGUCUUUAUUACUUUUUCAUUAUCUAUAUCUAUAGAAUUUUGUUUCAAUUCUAUCACUUUUUGAUUUAGUUUCAGAACCUACACAUUUAAAUUGUGAUUUGUUGCAAAAAGCUUUGUGCCUGCCUUUUAAAUAACCCAUUUUUAAUAAAGAACUGUUCAAACUAUA